AUGCUCUACCUUGUCGGUCUAGGUCUCGGUGAUGAGACUGAUAUCACAGUCAAGGGACUCGAGGUUGUCAAGAAGGCCGAACGAGUCUACCUUGAGGCCUACACCAGCAUCCUCCUCGUGGAUCACACAGUCCUGGAAUCAUACUAUGGCCGAUCGAUUGUCAUUGCCGACCGUGAGAUGGUCGAGUCCAACAGCGACGAGAUCCUGCGCGACGCCGCCAACGUUGAUGUCGCAUUCUGUGUCGUGGGCGAUCCCUUUGGUGCCACCACCCACACGGACCUGAUUCUGCGCGCGCGCGAGCUCAACAUCCCGGUGCGGACGGUGCCCAACGCCUCCAUCAUGUCGGGCAUUGGCGCGACGGGUCUGCAGCUCUACAACUUUGGCCAAACGGUCAGCAUGGUAUUCUUCACCGACAACUGGCGGCCCAGCAGCUUUUACGACCGCAUCAAGGAGAACCGCGACGUCGGCCUGCACACGCUCGUCCUGCUCGACAUCAAAGUCAAGGAGCAGAGCCUCGAGAACAUGGCGCGCGGCCGCCUCAUCUACGAGCCCCCGCGCUUCAUGACCGUGGCGCAGUGCGCCCAGCAGAUGCUCGAGAUCGAAGAGGAGCGCCAGGAAGGUGUCUACGGACCCGACAGCCUGGCCAUUGGCGCGGCGCGCGUCGGUGCCAAGACUGAAAAGUUUGUCGCCGGUACGCUCAAGGAGCUGUGCGACAGCGACGAUGCCCUUGGCCCGCCCCUGCACAGUCUGGUGUUGCUCGGUAGAAGGGCGCACGAGCUUGAGCGGGAUUAUGCCAGGGAGUUUGCUGUGAACACGGAGUCUUGGGAUGAGCUCUGGGGCAAGCACUAUGGCAAGCAAUAG